UUAAAAUCAGUACAUGAAAAUAAACAUUGCAGAACAGUAAAAUCAGUAGACAAUAAACAAGAAAAGGAUGGAUAAAAAAUCAUCAAGGGUUUGUAUAAUAGGAGGUGGAGUUUCUGGUCUGUUUGCAGCAGCAGAACUUUCACGCUCUGGUUUCUGUAAUAUUACCAUUCUAGAAGCUGCAGAUAGACCAGGGGGCAGAGUUAACACUUAUAAAUUAGAAGACGGAGUUGUGGAGCUCGGCGCCCAAUGGAUUCAUGGGCGGGGGGAGAAUAUGCUUUGGAAGUAUAUACAGGAGAAUAAUAUCCCAGUGAGUGAGGAUAAUGGAGGUGAUGGAGAUGGAGAGUUCUUUUAUCCUGGAGGUAGAUCUCCAGACAAAGAGACUUUAGAGAAGACAAUAACGUUUCUGGAGAAUGUUCAUGAAGAAUUAAAUGAUGAAAAAAAUUCGAAUUCUGUUGGAGAACACUUUCAGAAAAGGUUUUCUGAGUUUGUCGAGACUGAGAAGGAUGAGAAUGUGUUAAAAGAGAUGGAGUCUAUAUAUAGAUGGUUUAUACAAUGGGAGAAGGUAGAUACUGGAGUUCCAGAUCUAUUUCAACAGUCUGUUUCUUCCUGGGGUGAAUAUAUUGAUUAUGAGAGGGGAGAUGUGGAUUCUGAUCCAGUCCUAGAGAAUGGAUACUGUACCCUAAUCAAUCAUUUAUUGAAACAGCUUACUGCUGUUAAUAUCAGAUACAAAACCAGGGUAUCUGAGAUAGAUUGGUCAAGAUCUUCUCCUCAAAUUAAAUUGGAAGGAACAACUGAAACUCUUGAGUUUGACAACGUGAUAGUUUCUGUUUCUUUGGGAGUUCUAAAAUCCGAGACCAACUUAUUUCACCCUCCUCUUUCUUUACAGAGACGAGAAUGUAUUGAACUAAUGGGAUUCGGAACAAUGAACAAAAUAUUUCUUGGGUUUGAGAAACCGUUUUGGAAUACAGAACAUGGUGGAAUUCAGUUUCUUUGGGAUACAAACAGUUUAGAAAAUGACCCGAAAGCAUCCCACUGGACGAGAUCAAUCCCUGGGUUUGAUAGAGUCUGCAAUCAACAUAAUGUUCUCGGAGGAUGGAUUUGUGGAGAACAAGGUGCUAAACUUGAGAAGUUAUCUGAUACAACUAUACUUGAUGAAUGUUGGAACUUAUUAAAGGAACAAACGGGAAAGAACAUAGAAAAACCAAAUUUUAUUAAAGUUACACGAUGGGGGUCUGAUCCAAACUUCAGAGGUUCUUACAGUUACAGAACCCCUAAAUGCGAUGAAAAAAAGGUUGGACCUUGGAGUUUAGCGGAACCAUUAGUAGUGAAUGGAAUAUGUACUGUACAGUUUUGUGGAGAGAGUACAAGCACUAUUGGGUAUGGUACUGUACAUGGUGCAAUGGAGUCUGGUUUAAGAGAAGCAAGAAGGCUUAUUUACAGUUAAGAACAGAAAUACAAAUGUCAGAGAAAAAAAAUCUUUAGAUAUUUGUUUAAUAGUUUAUUAUUGUUUAACAUAAUUUUAUUAUUGUUUAAGAUAAGUUUAUUAUGGUUUAACAUAAGUUUAUUAUUGUUUAACAUAAGUUUAUUUUGUCAAGAUAUUAUAAGGAUUGAAUAAAUAUAUUAAGUAUCAUAAAAUAAUUUCUAAAUGCAUGAAUAUGUAUGGAUGCACGUGUCAUUUCUUGGUUUGUCAUU